GCAUAACGGGGCCAGGGCUGCCGUACCACACCGAAGCACUUCUGGAGAAGAUGGGCAUUUUGCCUCUGGGGUCACGCCUGCAGAUCCUGCACUGCCUUCAGAAGCUCUGGCAGGUCUCAGAUGAGUCAAUGAAGGUGUUGAACGACCCCAUCCACGGCCACAUCGAGCUGCACCCCCUGCUGCUGCGCUUCAUAGACACGCCUCAGUUCCAGGAGCUGCGCCACAUCAAGCAGCUGGGAGGAGCCUACCUGGUGUUCCCAGGUGCAUCCCACAACCGCUUCGAGCACUCCAUCGGGUGCGUGCGCAUGCGCCAGGACACAGAGACUUACACAGCGCCUGCACACAGAAUCACAUACGGCACAGGAUACAAAGGCUUACACUGCGCCUGCACACAGAAUCACAUAAGGCACAGGAUAGAGAGGCUUACACUGCGCCUGCACACAGAAUCACAUACGGCACAGGACACAGAGGCUUACACUGUGCCUGCACUUAUAAUCACAUACGGCACAGGAUACAAAG